AGGAGGCGGAUUACAGCCACAGAUAACGUCUCGCUCUAUAGAAGUAAACAGAAAGUCAGUAGGGGCGGAUGCAGCCUCGCUUUCAUCCCAGCAUGGCGUAUGUGGAAAGGCUCUAUCUCGUGCAGGGUCUGGUGAGCGGUGCUGCGGCUCUGCCUUCUUCUAUAGGGGACUUUCAGAUCCCCUUGUGACCGGCGUUUCCUGCCCCUGUCAUGUGACCGGCCGUCUGCAUUGUGACAGCAGUAGAGCGGGAGCCCACAGUGAAACAUUGGGCAUGACGUCGGCGGUGGAGCGCACCGAUGACCUGGUGAGGGAGUACCUGACCUUCAGGGGCUUCACUAACACAGUGAAGCACUUUGAGGCGGAUAUAAAAGCUGAUAAGGAGAAAGGAUUCCGUGUGGAUCGGAUUGUGGAGCAGUUACUGCAUUUUAUUCAGAAUUAUGACCUGAACGGGCUGCUGGAUUACUGGGGUUACCUAGAGCGGCGACUCUUCAGCAGGCUGGAAGAUGUCUAUCGUCCGACCGUCCACAAGCUGAAAACCAGUCUGUUCCGAUAUUAUCUGGUCUGCACAAUACAAAACAGCCGGAUGGAGAAAGCACAUGACUUCUUCCAGAAGCAGGCGCCAGAGCUGCAAAACCAGGCAGAAUGGAAGGAGUGGUUUGCUCUUCCUUUCCUUCCUGCGCCUGAUGUCAACCCAACCUUCUCAACGUACUUCUCCCGGCAGUGGGCAGACACCUUCACAGUGUCCCUGCACAACUUCCUCAGCGUCCUCUUCCAGUGUAUGCCUGUUCCAACCAUCCUCAACUUUGAUGCUGAGUGUCAAAGAAUAUUCCACAUACAGGAAGAGAAUGAGGCUCUUAGACAGAAGCUCUUUGCUCUGCAGGCUGAGACUCACCGGUUGAAAAAAGAAGGUGAUGAUGGCCCUAUGGUUCACCACAAACUGCCACAUUAUGUCUCCAACAUGGAUCGGCUGGGAGACUCUGAGCUUACCAUGAUCUCGAGUCAGAGAACCUCUGGAUCAGCUGUCCAAUCUCAGAAGACCACAGGGUUCCUCUCUUCUUUACUCCCACAGAGCAAAAAAGUAGCAACUAAACCUCCACAGGUCACCAUGUCAUCUCCAACACAGAGCCCUGCUGGUCUUCCAUUGAAGAAGGAACCAGGAGGGAACAGUCAGACCCAGAAAGCAAAAGAGAUCGUAAGUGUGACUAAGGAAGCGAAAAGCAUGCCCAAUGUACUUGGCAUUCCACCUGUCACUGAUGCCAGUAUGGUGCAACAGAGGCAGCGACGCCUGCAGGAAAGGAAGGAACUGCUUGCAAAGACACAGUCACAGCAAAGCAUAGAGAAGAAGCCUGAGACUGGAGAAGUGGAGCCUGAGCUUCGACCCGAAACCCAGCAUGACCCGGUCGAUGCUCUGAUGAAGGGGGUUAAAGGAAACUCAUCAGGUGGUGGGGAGAAACCAGAGCAACCGUUCAUAGUACUCAGCCAAGAUGAGUAUGGAGAGCAUCACUCCUCCAUCAUGCACUGCAGGGUAGACUGCUCGGGUCGCCGUGUUGCCAGCUUGGAUGUAGAUGGCGUUAUCAAAGUUUGGUCGAUUGAUGGCAUCAUGCAGACCAAGGCCUCAGCCAUUUCUAAAUCUGCCCUCCUGUCAUUGGAGUGGGCAACCAAGAGGGACAGACUGCUCCUGCUGGGGAGUGAAGUUGGCACUGUUCGUCUUUAUGAUACCGAAGCAAAGAAAAACUUAUGUGAGAUCGGGAUCUCUGACGAUAUGCCGAGGAUUCUCUCUUUGGCAUGUAACCCCAGUGGGACUUCAUUUGUCUGUUCAGCGGCGGCUCCUUCCUCAAUCCCAGAUCCAGCUGUACCUGGCAUAGGAGACAAUGGAAGCAAUCAAGUGCCAGGACGUUUAUUGCUGUGGGACACUAAAACCAUGAAACAACAGCUGCAGUUCUCUUUGCAACCUGUGGCCAUCGCUGUAAACUGCACAUCCUUCAAUCACAAUGGGAAUCUGCUGGUCACUGGAGCAGCGGAUGGUGUCAUCAGACUUUUUGAUAUGCAGCAACACCAGUGUGCCAUGAGCUGGGAGGCACACAAGGGAGAGGUGUAUUCGGUAGAUUUCAGCUACGAUGAGAAUGCCGUUUACAGUAUCGGAGAGGACGGGAAGUUUAUUCAGUGGAACAUUCACAAGAGUGGUCAGAAGGUCUCUGAAUAUUCCCUGCCACCUGACGCCACGGGCCCCUUCAUGCUUUCUGGCUACAGUGGGUACAAGCAGGUGCAGUUCCCUCGUGGACGACUUUUUGCCUUUGACUCAGAAGGCAACUACAUGCUGACGUGUUCCAGUAAUGGCGGAGUCAUUUAUAAGCUUAACAGUGAUGGCAGUACAUUAGAGAACUGUCUUUCUCUCGGCGGCCAUCGGGCCCCUGUGGUCACUGUGGACUGGAGCACAGCGGUAGAAUGUGGCACCUGCUUAACAGCCUCAAUGGAUGGAAAAAUCCGACUGACCACCCUGCUGGCCCAGAAGUCAUAACCUGGCAUCUCAGAUGUGUCAAGCAUCUUCAUCUUAUUUCCUAUGUAAUGACAUGUUCUGCAGCUUUCUGUUGUACCUUGUGUUUCAAUUUGUCUCCAUUUUUAAGAUUUCUGCUUGCUGUCAGUGAGUGAUAUUCUGUGCUACAUUUUACCUGCACUGAUACAUUGUAACAAACUGCCAGGACAGUUGUCGGGAGAAACUGGAUUGUCUAGACAGGUAA